AACAUGUUAGUGCAACCGUAUUCACUUAAAAAUUCGAUACAGCGUUUCACAUCAAUAGUGCCUUGCGCAUAGUGUAUAUGUAGCAAGUUGUCACGCAUCCUGCAAUGAAGUUUCGUGUCACUUGUACAAAAUACCUAAUCAGCGAUAGUUACAUUUUUACAACAGGAAAGGUCACAGGUUACUACGGAUCUCCGUGGUUACCACUGGAAACCGUUGAUCAACAGUCGUAGGGUAAGGGAAGCAACUAUGGCAGACAUGAAACAGGAGUUGAAGUCGGUUGAUGAUCAGCAAAAUUAUUCCACAAGUGAUCCCAAGAAUAUGCAGGAGUUAACACAACACGUUCAGUCACUGCUCCAAGGUAUGCAGGACAAGUUUCAAACGAUGUCAGAUCAGAUCAUUACAAGAAUAGAUGAAAUGGGAAAUAGAAUAGAUGACCUGGAGAAGAAUAUUGCUGACCUCAUGACACAGGCCGGAGUUGAAGGCCCAGAUAAAUAAGCAAUGUGCAAUCAACUUCAGAAACAUAACAGACAAAACAGAACUGUUCCAACACUAGUUUCACCAGAAGAAGCAUUUCCAAGUGUCAUUUUUUAAUCAUAUUUAUCUUGUAUUGUAUGUAAGUAGUGUAUAUUUAUCAUUUUCAAAAUUAAUAAAUGAAAUGAAUGAAAAUCUAAA